AUGACUCGAGCACAAUUGAAUGGAAUCGGGGAUGCUUUCCACGCUGUGGAUCAAUUGAAUGGCGAUGAGGCAUACCUUGGCAACUCGGAGUUUGCUAUUAAACUUCAAAUUCGCAAUCUCACUUGCUCUCAAAAUGUGGUGCUCAACGAUUUCUUCAAUUUUCUCACUGUUAAUCCAAACAAUGAGAGUAUUCUCGGUGUAGUUCUUGCUCUUUGUCCAGACGCUAUCGAAGCGACUGUUCGUUUGGCCAAUUUGCGUCGAGUCCUCGUCAUUUCCCCCACGGUUGAAUCAGCGUCUUUCCUAUGGCAGAAGCACUAUAAAUUCUUUUUUCGAACAAUCCCUUCUGCCUACACUGCAAGUUUUAUCUUCAGUCGGCUUUUUCAGGAGUGGCAAUGGAAGCGGGUGGCGAUAUUCAGAAAGGACGACAACUAUUUCUAUCGAGAGGGUUUCAUGGCGUAUAAUAUUACUCUAGUGGACGAUUUCGAAGUCAAGGAAGCAGCACUCACCUAUGCUAUCGCUCAAAAAGUAUUGCUGUGA